CCUGUCUGGCACGUGUAUUCAUACUCUUUCAUUCUCCAAUCAUUUUGUUAGCGUCAAAAACAACGAGUCGAGCAGAAAGUGAAUUUUACGGUAUUGUCUAGAGUUUUAUUUUAAACAAUUUGUUUGCAAUUCAAAAUUAAAAACACUCGGACUUCAUUGCGCAAAAUGGUAACAAUCGGCGAAGCCUUCGCACCGGUCGAAGGAAUUGUUUAUUCUGCCGAAGAUGUCAAGAUAAAAAUUGGCAACAACCUAAUUGGUCCCGCUGGAGAACUUCAUCUUACCGAAUGCUCUCUUAUUUGGAGCUGUGAUGAGCGCAACAGUAGUAUUUCCAUACCGUGGCCCCGUGUGGGUGUACAAGCAAUAUCGUCCAAUCCGGAGAAGUGCAUUUAUCUUAUGCUGGAUAUCAACUUAGUUUGGCCAGGGUUUUACGAUGGACGACCUCAAAACAAUGGUAACGAAAACGGCGAGGGUGGCAGAGAGGAAGAAGAAGACGAACACGAUGAAGGACAUGAGUCCGACGGGUCGGAGAACGAGAUGACUGAGAUUUGGCUGCAACCUUCAGCUCCGCAAAUUGUCGAUGAGAUUUACAACGCAAUGCGCGAGUGCCAGAGUUUGAAUCCCGAUCCAGGGGCAGUCAGUGAAGAUGAAGAUUACAUGGAAGCAGAAGAAGAUGAACUGCAAGAGGUAGACGAGAUGCGGAACUUGCAGUUGGACGAUAACACUGAUUCUAUUUGUAGACGAGGAUAAAUUUGCCGAUGCUGAGGAAUAGACUGCUGUUGGCGCCGUUUAGCUAUCACGAAUAAACCAUCGCCUGGCGAUCGAUUAUGGAAGACGACCACCGUUGGGCGCUCUAUCCAGUGCGAGUAUUUAAACAUUUUGCUUUGAGCUAGUUUUUUGUUUAAAAAACGCUAUUCCAUGUUAGGUCUACAAGAAACAAAACAAUGCCGAAUCUGAAAAACAUUAUUUAAGAAUAAAGCAGAAAAUAAGAGUUUUGGUUUUUUCAAAUACA